AUGGGCGAAGAAGACAUCGGAGAGGCUGUCCCCAAGGAGCAGCGACAGGGUUGGGGCCAAUUCCUCAAGCAGAUCGCCACAUUCUCGGGCGAUUUGUCCUCUCUCACCGCACCCUCGUUCAUCCUGUCUCCCGUCUCGCUGGUCGAGUUCCCAGCCUACUGGGGUGAGCACCCGGAUGAGUUUGCCAAGAUCUCGACAGGGAAGGACGAGAUCGAGCGCAUGAACCUCGUGCUCAAGUGGUUCAUCGGUACACUCAAGGGUCAAUUUACUGCUCGUAACACUUCGAUGGGCUCGGAAAAGAAGCCACUCAACCCGAUCCUUGGCGAACUCUUCCUCGGCAAGUGGCCCGACAAGAACGAUCGCGGUGAAACCACGCUCACUGCAGAGCAGGUUUCUCACCAUCCUCCUGUCACCGCGUACCACAUUGAGAACAGAAAGGCGGGUGUCACGCUCGAGGGUCACUGUGCGCAAAAGACGUCGUUCUCAGGACGCACGAUCCAGGUCAAGCAGGUCGGACAUGCCAUCUUGCGCGUCAAGCUCGCCGGAAGCGACAAGGAGGAACUUUAUCUCAUCACACUUCCCAACCUGCUCAUCGAGGGUCUCUGGUACGGUGCGCCGUACGUCGAAUUGACGGGCAACUCGUACAUCCAAUCCACCACCUGUCUCCUAACCACACUGUCGUACACGGGCAAAGGCUACUUUUCGGGCAAGGCGCACUCGUUCAAGGCGACCAUCGGCGCCGGAGGCAAUGCACUCUACACGGUAGAGGGCGAGUGGGCUGGUGUCAGCAAGUACAAGGGCAAGUCGGUCUCGGGUGGCAGCAACGAACUGUUCUGGGAUGCAUCAACGCAGCGCGAAGAGGUCUCGGUGGAAGCGGUAGAGCAACAGGGAGAGAUGGAGAGUCGUAAAGUGUGGAAGACGGUAGCCCACGGUAUCCGCUCUGGAGAUUUUGAAACGGCUUCCAAGGACAAGGCGAGGAUCGAGAAUGCGCAGAGGCAGAAGAGGAAGGAUGAGGCGGCUGCAGGCACGCCACAUCAGCUCGAGCGCUUUGUUCACCUCGACAAUGAUCAGGAAUACUCGCAACUGGCUGCCAUGUUCAAGGGUCAGCCUGCUACAGAGGAUGGAUACCGCAGCAAGCCUCGCGUUCAUUAG